CACCUCCUUCUGAGAGUUGAGGGAGAACGAAAAAUGUCGCCUAGAAGAAGAUCCAAAGUGAUGUAAGUACUUAUCAGAAUUUAUAUCAGACGCACUUUAUUAAUCUUACAAAAGAAACCGAAACCAUGUCGCAACUCGUGAAACUCGCCACGUGCAACUUGAACCAGUGGGCCCUGGAUUUCGACGGAAAUUUGCAGCGGAUCAAGGAUUCCAUUCUCCAAGCGAAAAGUCAAAACUGCAAGUUCCGCCUCGGGCCGGAGUUGGAAAUUCCCGGGUACGGGUGCGAAGACCAUUUUCUGGAACUGGACACGAUCAAGCACAGUUGGGACUGUCUCUGCGACUUGCUGCAGGAUGAUACGACGGACGGAAUUCUCUGCGACAUUGGCAUGCCGGUGCUGCAUCGGGACGUCAUUUACAACUGCCGAGUGUACGUGCUGAAUAGGAGGAUUCUAGGUAUAGAUACAAAGAUUCAGACUUAAAAAACAAUUGAUUCGUACAUGUCAUUGUUGCUCUGCAAGACCGAGUUGUUUUGUCAUGCUGAUUGCGCAGAGUAUCGAAAAAAGAAAAACCACUCCUAUACCAGGUAUCCGUCCCAAGAUGUACCUGGCGAACGAUGGGAAUUACCGCGAAACCAGGUGGUUUACUGAAUGGUACAACGCGGAGAAUACCACGGAGCUUGAGACCUACUAUCUCUCCAACACCGUUCUGAAGAGACUUCCCAAGGACCACGUAAAGCAAAUCCCGAUCGGGAUCUUCGUCCUCCGGUGUCACAACUGCGUGAUCGGCGCGGAGACGUGUGAAGAGCUCUUCACCCCCGAUUCUCCACAUAUUACGAUGGGUUUGGACGGAGUACACAUCAUCACGAACGGGUCGGGGUCGCACCACCAAUUGAGGAAGCUGAAGUAUGGCGUUCUCAAACGUUACUUACGCUCUCAACUGUCACAUGAAUUUGUAAUGCAAGAAUGGCAAGAAAAGUAAAAAGGGGGUGGGGCUGCUGCUGCACCUAUAGCAUUACAAAUUCCGCACAGAUCUAGGUGCCAUUCAGCCCUUCACAGAUUUGUCAUGCGAAGCAGCUUGAUCGUGUGGAUGAUGGUGGUAGUUUUGCAUGACAAACUCAUGCAACAGUUAAGAAUGUAACGUUUGAGAACCUCAUAUGAAGCAACGGGUGGAUUUGAUCCAGUCCGCCACGGCAAAGUCUGGCGGGAUCUACUUGUAUGAACUGCAAAUAUGUCUGGGACUGGAAGAAUGCAAGUUUGUAAUGCUUGUCUGGCAUGACUCUUAAAUCUGUCAUGUACGUUACGCAAGAGCCCCAUACCAUUGUUCUGUCAUGCAGAAACGCAGUCCGUGAUGCAGAAUAGAAGGUCAGAGACUUGUCAUGCUGAGCCAGCACUUGUGCCCUCCUCCUGAUACGCCCCUCAGCAUCACAAGUUUCCGGCAUCAUAUUUGCACUUCAUAACUUGUACGCAAACCAGCUCGGUUGCGACGGCGGCCGGUUAUUCUUUGACGGGUGCUGCAUGAUACGCAUUGCAAAAGCAUCGCACUAGUAUGCCUUGCAUUACAAAUUUAUUUAUCUGAAGCGAAAUUAUGAAGAUUGUCAUGCUGAUCACGACACUUGGGAGAGUGAUUUGUCAUGCAAUAAUGCAGUGAGUACGAGAGCGAUGCGUCUGCACUGGAUACAUGAUUUGGGAAAACGGGCAUUUAAUCGCGCAGGGGUCGCAGUUUGACAUGUGCGAGGUGGAGGUGAAAACGGGUAUCCUGUGUAAAAACGUCCCCGCCCCAGAGUUGUAAUGCAAAUCCGCAAGCCUAAAAUGUCUCUCAUGCGCAGCCCCAUGACACCCAUUUUCUAAUUCUAUCUGGGAGUUUGUGAUGCUGGAAUCAUGAUAAGGAAGUCAAUUUGUCAUGCUAAUGCGCUAGCUAAAAAGGAUUACACUACGAGCCCAAAGAACUUGUCGUGCUCGGCAGCCAAAACUUGGAGAUUUGUGUUGCAGAUUUGCCAACUUGACUAGGGGGUCGGGACGUUUUUGCUCAGGAUAACGGGGGUGGUGGAUUUAAACGCCGUCCGGUCGUUCCGGACCAGUUUUAAGUCCCGGUCCGUCCAGGCGAGCCACAACAAGACGAAAUACCAGCGGAUAGACGUGGACUUUUCCCUAGUGGAUGAAAAAUUGGCGCUAAACCUCGAGAAGUCACCGUACUUGAAGGAAGUCUUUCUGCACACACCGAUGGAAGAAAUUGCGUACGGGCCGUCAGUAUGAACUGCAAAAGUAGCGUUGUCGUAUAAAUGCAUGAUUACAAAUUCCCUCAGCAUGAGAAAUAUAAUUUGUAAUGCGGAUUUACCUUAGCAAAAGGAUUUGUUGUAAUUCAUGACUGCAAUACGAGUGCGACACUUUUGCACAGGAUAGUCGGCCUGGCUUUGGGACUACUUGAGACGGUCGAAUCAAAGAGGGUAUUUUCUCCCUCUGUCCGGCGGCAUGGACAGCAGCUCCACGGCGUUGUUGGUGGGAAUUAUCCAAGAAAAAAACGUUGUUAGUGUAAAUUUGUGAUGCGCAGCAUGCAACUUGAUUGCAUCUGUCAUGCUGUGCCUGCAUUGUGGGGCCCAUCCAAGGGCGUUUUCGCGUACUAUCUGCGCAUGACAGGUUUUUACUGUCAUGCGAGAGAUAUUUGUGAUGCUAAUCCUCCAAGAAAGUUACACCUACAAUCUUUUUUUCUUGGAUAGGAAUCAUGUGCCAACGACUGUUCACCGGGAUAGUGGAAACUACAGAUGUUCUUGCGAAUAAGUCUUCACAAUUAGGAGGAACAAGAGCUGCACCAGACGGGACGACGGUGAUGUUGAAACAAACCCCAACCGCGAAUCUCCUGCUAAAAGAACUCCGGCGGAUCAUCAAGCAACCGGAUUUCGUCCCAAAAUCCGGCCAAGACAUCUGCUCCCAAUUGUUUUUCACCUGCUACAUGGCCAGUCAAUAUUCCGGGAACGAGACGCGGCGAAGAGCAAGGGAGGUUUCCGCGUUGAUCGGCGGAAACCACACGUCGAUCUUUAUCGACAAAGUCACGGACGCGGUGAAACAGGUUUUUUCCGAGAUGAAGCUGGAAGCGGAUAGCGCGAAGAGUAUGAAGAUGAAAACGCCGAACAUGGGCGCUUCCGCUGUCGAAAACCUCGCGCUACAGAAUAUUCAGGCCCGGAGCCGGAUGGUGAUGGGGUAUUUUUUGGCGCAGCUUUUGCCCUGGCAGUACCAGGAUGAAAAGGACAGCGCGAAAGGAGUUUGGCCGGGGCAGUUGCUGGUGCUAGGGUCGUAUGAAUGGUAAAAGUAUCGUACUAGUAUAGCGAUUUUUGCAUAUACAAUUACAAAGCAGCUCAGCAUGACAAAUGAAGUCUUUCAUGCUGGUUUACCUUGGGAAGGAGAUUUGUCAUGCAUAUUUGCGAUUAGUAGGUACGAGUGUGAUACUUGUUUUGCAAUGCAUACCAUAGCGAAUGUGGAUGAGGCGUUGCGCGGGUACUACACGAAGUACGACUGUUCAGCCGCAGAUAUCAACCCGAUCGGGGGGAUAAAAAAGGUGGAUUUGAAACAAUUCCUACUGUGGGGGCACGAGACAAUCGGGAAGAAAAAGUAUGUUUAUUGUUGCUUGUUUUUGCAUGACAGAAUUCCGUUCUAGUGGUGUUUUGUGCAAGACAAAUUUGCCAUCUUCCUCCAAACACAAACACCCUCAAACUCAAAUCAUCAGCAACUCCACCGUCCUGUACGAUACCGCCACGGCCGAACCCUCCGCCGAGCUCACCGGCGCCGAGGGCGAUCAGAAGGACGAGGUGGAUAUGGGCAUGAGCUAUGCGGAACUUGGCGAACUAGGGUUCGCGCGGAAGUGCGAAAGAGCCGGCCCUUAUUCCACCUUCGAGAAACUUUUGCAAAUCUGGAACGAAUAUCAAAUGCAAAUAUGCCUGGGUCUGGAAGGAUCCGAACUUGUGAUGCGUGUUUCGGAUCCUACAAAGGUCUGUGAUGCAUAACGUGCAAAAGGUGCCCUGCCCCUGCCCACUUCUGGCCAUGCUGAGAGGGCAUUUCUCAUGCAGAAUACGCAUCACCACGGGGCUGCAGAACCUGUGAUGCUAGGCCCUGCAUUCCAGGCGUAGGGGAGCUUGGAAAAACUGCAUGACAAAUCUCGGAGUCUCCCAGGCCCAGACAUUUUUGCAUUUGAUAACGAACAGCAGAACACCGAGACGGGCGAGUCACAGAGGAAAAGGUUAACUGUUAGUAGGAGAAAUCCGAAGGUUUCGAAAUCCUCCGCGAUCGGUGCGGGGUUGGAGAAGGAGCUGGCAAAAAUCCCGGUUUCCGACUACGCAAAGGAGGUGGGGCAGAAGGUGAAGGACUUUUAUUUCUACAACGCGAUCAACCGGCACAAGAUGACGACGUUGACUCCAGCUUACCACGCGGAGAACUACUCGCCGGAGGAUAACAGGUUCGAUUUGCGGCCGUUUUUGUACCCGGCGAGUUUUACCCGGCAAUUUAAAGCGAUUGAUGACGCUUGUGAGAAACUACUGUGGGUGGAGCAGAAGGGUGGUGGUCGUGGUACAGCGACGGGCGGAGGGGGUACGGCCUUUUCGCCGGGGGAGAGGGUCGGUUGAGAAGGAUUAGAAGGAGUUUAUACAUAAAGUCUCAUUCUGAUUCUUUUCACAUUUUUCACUCCAGUUCUUUUAGAAUCAGCACUACGACAGCACGUCGAGCGCGAGCUCUUCACAAGAACGCGUGAUUCUCGUAGGAGGUAGGAAAGAGCCUGAACGUAAACCCAAUCACUUUCGUCCUGCUGAAUUCAGCGUGUAGGCUUUUAUUUUAUCUCAUCGAAGCAAAUUCGAAAUCGAAUAGAUCUGCGUCAAUCCUUGACCACUUUCUUGAAUGUUCCACGUAAGAACUCAGUAGACUUUCAGAGUCACACAAAU